AUGUCUAGCAGUGUCACGUGUGACUAUGUCCAGGCCUCAUGGGAGGUAAAUGCAGCAGGUCAAGACGCAUGUGUCCAAUAUGCAUCCCUCAUUGGCCUCUGCGAUAGCUCGUUUACCAUUGCUGGUGUCCAAAACACGUCGGCACCCUACACUCCCCCUCAAGGCGCUGGAUCCCAUUGUGGAUGUAACACUGUCGCCUACAACCUCAUGGCAGCCUGUGGAUGGUGUCAAAAGGAUAUCGAAGUCAGCUGGUGGCUCACCCUCGAUCAAUGGGCCGGAAACUGCACGACUGCCAACGGAGGUGCAGAGUUUACAGAAGAUAUCCCAGACACUGUCAACACGACCAGUUUGACUAUCCCCAACUGGGCUUUGAUGCCACCCGUGUUGGAUACCUGGAGUCCUGCCCAGGCCAGCGCCGUCGCAGCAGCCGCAACAGCGACAUCCACCUCGAGCUCGAAUUCGCGUGCAUCUUCCUCGACGAGUAGCAGAGGAAUCCUAGGUGGAAACGUCAAUCUCGCCUACACCACUGCCCGCCCUGUCACCGUCGGAUCUUCAAACGGAAACUACUACGGCAGCAACACAUACACCUACUACGACCCCAAGAUUGGCCUCAUCGUCGCCAUCCUCAUCUUUGCUCUCUACGGUCUCGGUGCCAUCAUCUUUGCCAUUUGCUAUUGCGUCCGCCAAAAGAGACGCAAGGCAUGGUACGGUCCCAUGGCCAAAUACUACCGCGAACUCAAACUCGGUGGACCCUCGCAUUACCCUAUGAACGCGUCGUACAAUACGCCCUACACACCACCAACGCACUACCAGGACCCAUCGCAUUCGUACCCUCCUCAUCCGGCACAUGGUCAAGGCGGCGCUACGACGCCGUUGAUGCACAACAAUGACCACGAUCACGACGACUCUGUACACAAUACAAACCCGUUCAAUACCCCCUAUGCCUCGACCUAUUCCAGUCAUGUACCACCCCCAGACGCCUCCUAUGCUCAAGGAGGGUUGGGUUACCAAACUCAGGGCAUGUAUGGAGGCCAAUCGAAUCCCUAUGGUCCACCGGCGGGUCCACCACCGCCCUCUGGUCCAUACAAGGGACACGCAGAGGCAUACUAG